AUGUUUUCCUUUUCCUCGUUUAAAAAGCUACUGGUAGGCGUGAGUGUUGCAAAUGGAGGUGUAAUAGUGGGCUGUUUUUACAUUUACAAAAAGAAUAGACCUAUAAAUGACCAUACCUUGGAUGAGCCAAGCGAAAGUUUCCGAAUUCGAACCUUUGACGAACUAGCCAAAAACUAUGAUGAAAAAAAUGAUUUCAUAGAAAGAGUCACAUCUAUAAACAAAUACAAAAAGAAAAACUUUCGAAAAGUAAACGGCAUUGUGUUAGAAAUAGGAGCAGGAUCAGGCAGAAACUUUCCCUUUUUAAAAAAAAUAGAUACAUUAGUAUGCGUUGAAAAGAGCGAAAAAAUGUGUGAAGAACUGAAAAAAAAACUGGAAAAAAUAAGACCUCCAUAUCCUGUAUAUAUCAUAAACGAUGACAUAAAAAAUAGAAUUUUUCUUCCCAACGUUUUUGAUUGUGUCAUUUCGUCUUUUACAUUAUGUUCCUUGGAACAUGUGAAUGAAAGUUUAAAAACAGUCCAUGAAGUGUUGAAGAAUGAUGGGAGAUUCUAUUUAAUCGAGAGAGGUAUUAUUUAUUACAAAAUUGUUAGAUACAUUUUAGAAAAAUUGAAUUUAUAUCCUAAUAAGAAAAUUCCAUGGGAAUUUGGUUAUUACGAAAAUAGGUGCCCAUUAGAAAUUUUAAAAAAAAAUAAUUUCCAAAUCAUUUUUAAGCUUAUAAAAAAUGCUGGAAGUAUUUACAUACUAACAGCGAAAAAACAAAAAAAUAAUUUUACUCUUCCAUCCAAAAAAAAUGUUCUCAUGAAUGACACUGUGAAUGCAAUUAAAAGUACGGAUACUAUACAAAACGAAAUUAAAGACAAAGUACAAAUGGAGCAAACACGGGAGAAAAGAAAACCCAUCGAGAUUAAAGAUAUAUUAUGUAAUCGAUUGGAUAUUCCAAUUUAUUACUCCUACAAAAAUGUUUAA